AUGGGUGAUACUGAUAACAUCAAUGAAAUCUUUCAAAUAGUCGAUUCGGAUGGAAGUGGCUAUCUCAAUAAAGAAAAACUUCAACGUAUAUGUCCACAUUUAUCGCCAUCUGAUAUUGAUAUCAUAUUUACUGAUCUUGAUAUAGAUCAUGAUAAUCGUAUCAGUUUAAAAGAAUUUACUAAUGGUUUUAAAGAGCUUAUUCAACCAAGUCAUAAUAAUCAUGCAAUAUGUAAAAACAAAUUGAUCAAUCAUGAUAAUGCUAUUGAUAAAGAAGAAGAAGAAGAAGAAGAAGAAAAUUUAACAACAGAUAUAACACCAGUACAAAUCAAUGAAGUAUUCAAUAACCUAUCAUGUCAAGAACAAAUUUUUGAAUUUUAUGACACAUUACGCAAUGGAUCAAGUGAAUCAAUGGGACAAUUUCAAUCAAUUCUUGAAGUAUUCGUUGGUGAUAUAAUGAAGUAUCGCAAGGAAAUUAAACGGUUAGAAGACUCUUAUAAACGAGAAAAGGAUAUGAAUGAAAAAUAUUUAAGACGUAUUGAAGAAGAUCAAGAACGUGAAAUGCAUCAAGUAGAAGCUAAGAUCCGUAAAGAAGAACAACAAAAAUUUGAAUCAGAACGAGAAUUAAUUCAACAGCGUGCAUCAAAAAAGAUUGCUGAACUACAGGCAAAUCUUCAACGUUUACAAACUAUUGAACAAUGUUACCUUGAUCGUCAAUCGAAUGAAAAUUCAUCGAUAGUUUUACUACGUGAAGAAAUUUCUAAAUUAACACAAGAAAAUCAAACACUAAAUUCGUCAUUAAAUGAUUCAUUAACUACAAUUGCCAUUUUAAAAAGUGAUUUACAAUCAUUUAAAACUCAAUUAAACGACCGCCAAUCAAUUCUUUUACAAGAGAAACAAAUAUCAUCAAGUGUUCAUCGCGAAAAAGAAUCAUUAGAAUCAAAUGUUCAUAAACUUGUAGAAGUUAAUAAGAAGCUUCGUGAUGAAAACGACUCAUUACGUGCUAUCAUCGAAUCAAAUAACAAUAAUGUUGUAUCUUCCGAUAUUGCUUUGGUAUCAAAAAGAUCAAUGUCUCGAAGUGGAUCAAUUCUUGAAAACUAUUGGAAUAAUCAUUUGAAAGCAGAAUGUGCGUCAUCAUCCUAUAUGUCAACAACUCAACAGCAACCAACGCUUGGAAGAUUUGAUUCAUUCGAUAUCGACUCAGCUGACGAACCAGGUAUACGUAGAAACAAUUCUUCAUCUAAAUCCAGGUUAGAUGUUACACAUAUUUUAUCACCGAAAAAUUUACCAGCAAUAUCAAGUGUAUUUCCUUUUGAUAAAAAUGCUCCGAAGAACAAUACUAUGAACGAUAGUGGUUUAUCAAUAACAACCGUACGUGAUGCAACCGAACUUGAAUCAGAUCGGGAAGUGAACCCUAAUAAAGAAUCUUUAUCGAGACAUUCAAAACAAUAUCGAUCCAUGCCAGUCAAACGAAAUAAUCAUGAUACUGAUUCUGAUGAGAAGUCGAUGGAUCGUAAUAAUCCAAAGCGAUGGUCUCAACAUCGUUCAUUAAAGCGAACAUCUCCAAAUGGGCAUACAUCAACAACAACUUUGAUUAAUUCAUCAGUACCAUCUAAUUCAAGAUCAACACGAAAACACGGUGGACCAAAAGUAACUGAUGUUCAAAGAGAUCAACAAAUCUUAAAUCAUCCAUUUGAUCGGAUGUUUAAAGUAGUUUUUUGUGGUGAUGCUGCUGUUGGUAAAAGUACAUUAAUAAUGCGUUUAUGUAAAGGAAAAUUUGUUUCGAACAUAAAUUCUACACUGGGUGUUGACUUUCAAAAUAAACAGCUUGAAUUAGAUUCAAAACGUAUUGCCGUACAAUUAUGGGAUACAGCUGGACAAGAAAGAUUUCGAAGUGUGACAAAAUCAUAUUUUCGUGGAUGUGAUGGUGUUAUUCUUGUUUAUGAUUCUACAUAUGAACGAUCAUUUCUCAAUGUUCGCGAAUGGAUUGAUACAAUCACUGAAUCAACGCCAAAAAAAGUUUCGAUUAUGUUGGUUGCAAAUAAAAUUGAUUUAAGAAAUCAAAUGCGUGCAGAAGGAAGAAGAGUUGUUGAAUAUGAUGAUGGAGCAAAAUUAGCUAAAGAAUAUCAAGCGUUAUUUAUUGAAACCAGCGCAAAAGAUGGUACUAAUUCCGACGAAGCUCUUAUUGAAUUAGCUCGGGACAUGAAAUGUAAUGAAGACAUAGAAAUUCAUCGAUCACCCGGUAUUGAUUUAGAUAAAACAAUAAAAAAAUCAACUUGUUGUGGAAGUCGUUCUUAA